AUGCACUGUUUUGAGGGUCCAGAGUGGCUUCAUCUGAAAAGAGGUAGAGAAUCGUUUGCUAGAGGUCCAGUGGUUAAAGUUGAUCCACAAGGAAGGUGUGCUGGGGUUCAUGUUUAUGGCCUCCAGAUGAUAAUACUUAAGGCUGCUGAGGCUGGUUCUAGCUUGGUUGGUGAAGACAAAGCCUUUAGUGCUGGACCCACCAUGUCUUCUCGUAUCGAGUCAUCAUACAUCAUCAAUUUACGGGAUCUGGAUAUGAAGCAUGUAAAGGAUUUUAUUUUCGUGAAUGGUUAUAUUGAGCCGGUGAUGGCUAUCCUGCACGAACGAGAGGUUACUUGGGCUGGGCGUGUCUUGUGGAAACAUCAUACGUGUAUGAUUUCAGCACUUAGUAUCAGCACAACAUUGAAGCAACAUCCACUCAUAUGGUUAGCCUCUAAUCUUCCACAUGAUGCAUACAAGCUUCUUGCAGUGCCAUCUCCAAUUGGUGGAGUUCUUGUAGUUAGUGCAAAUACUAUUCAUUAUCCUAGCCAGGAAAUGUCCAGAUCAAGUUUCAAUGUGGAGCUGGACUCUGCCAAUGCAACUUGGUUAACAAAUGAUGUGGCCAAGUUGUCAGCAAAAGCAGGGGAACUGCUUCUGUUGACACUUGCUAAUGAUAGGAGGGUUGUGCAGAGACUUGACCUUUCCAAGUCUCGAGCAUCAGUACUUACAUCGGGAAUUACAACCAUUGGGAACUGGUUAUCCUUUUUUGGUAGUCGGUUGGGAGAUAGCUUGCUUGUGCAAUUUAGCUAUGGAGUAGGAGCAUCAAUGUUGCCUCCUGGUGUGAAGGAGGAGGUUGGGGAUAUUGAGGGAGAUGUCCCUUUGGCAAAAGCUGUUACGAAGGUCCUCUUCUGA